UCAAAAAAGGUGCAAUGCCAAUAAUAUGUUCAGUUUGCAAGUUUGAACUUGAAAAUAAAAAAAAAUUGUGCAUUUGCAAUCAGAUAAUGCAUAAAAUAAUAUAUUUAUCUGCAUGAAUUUGAUGAAUUAUUUAUAUUGUUUGUAUGUCGAAUACGUUCAGUAUUUAUGUAAAACAUCUGUCUAAUGUGUAUGUUGUUGUGUGUUGUGUACAAAUUAUAUGUUGCUUUACCAAUAUGAAUAAAGAGAAUAAUAGAAGUGCUGCUGGAUUGAGACGCUCAGCUGUUGCUGAAAGAUUAAGGCUCCGUGAAGAAUGGCUGGCAUUAAAGGGUGUGGAUGAUGUGAACAAGCAAAACAGAUUCUUGGUCAAGAAACCAAUAAAUGUACGGACAAAUAAACAACCUCACAAUAGUAAAUUACCAUCAAAACCCAAAAAUUAUACGAACACAAUAACAAGUGAUGCCCUACGUGGUGUGGUGGCUUACGUGGACGUGGGGGCGGAGUCUCGAGCGCUAGCUCUCAGGGCCGCUUUGAUGGCGCUGGGAGCUUCAGUGGUGCCCGCAUGGAACCCCCUAGUUACACAUCUUAUCUGGACGCAGGGGGGUUGUCGUAAAAUCCGUGCUCGGGGCAGAGCUCUAGCCUGCCAGCUGGUCUCGCCCUUGUGGGUGGAAGCCUGCGCGGCAGAGGCUCGACGCUUGCCCGAGAGACUAUUCCCAGCGCCAACUAGGCCCUCGGACUUGCCCUCGCCGGCUACGCUGCGGCAAUUGUUGAAAAAGGCAGAACAUGACAACAUCCCUCUAGCAGACCUUCUAUCAGACAGUAGAGAUAGUGAUGAAGGAAAACCUGCACGACUAAGGAUAUCUAGUGAGACUGAAAAUAGUCUAGAAAAAAGCAAAAAGCUAGACGAGUCGACCGAUCGGUCGCUAAACAACUCCAAAGACAAAUCUUGUGAUAAAUCGACGGAUCAAGAUAAACGUGUAAACACAGCGCCACGUAGAGCUCUCCCCGUCACGCCCACUUCCCCUCCGCGGACUAAAUCUAGAAGGAAGUUGUUCACCCACAAGGAAGCUGAAUUCAUCACCGAUGAUGGUGAUAAAGAAACCCCAACACCCGGAAGACCGAAAACGAUACAACUCACCCAGCGAGGUAGGAAGGAGCUCGUGCACGCUGAACGGAUCGCAAGGAAGCUUGUGACGUCACAUAGGAAACAGACACAGAUACAGACACAAAAACCAAUGCGGACACACAAAUAUGUCCCAAGAAUUGUACUAACAGGCAUGUCGAAAUCAGAGCGGCGCGAAGUGUGCAAUGCAUUACGGACUCUCAAUGCUAAAAUACAAUCGCAAGUCAACAGAAAAACAACCCAUGUGCUACUCGGAUCUUGCAGAGAGCCCAUACAAGAUCUGUCCAUGUGCAACCAGUGCAAUAAGCCCGAGGAUAUAUUGGAGAAACUGUUUUCUAACAUUAAUGUGAUGGUCGAAGAUCAUUGUAAUAAUGGUGUUAAUGUGGCAUCCGGUACGAAAGUGGUUUGCAAGAACAUAAGUGGCGUUAAUGUGUUGUGUGAUACGUCGAAUUGUGGGAGAAAUAAUGACAGUGGUAACGGAGAUUUUGUGGUGAACCAACUUAGUGCAGAUGGUGGUGAUGAGAAUGUGGAAGGGAAUAGUGUUAUGUGUAGUGCUGAAGCUGUGAAUACAAUUAAACCAAGAACGGUAAACGCGUUGCUCGGAGCGGCGCGCGGCUGCCGCGUGCUGUGCGGCCGCUGGGCGCUCGACUGUGCAAAAGAGGGGAGAUGGUUGCCGCACUUCGGCUAUGAAGUGCCACAUUUGUUGAAGAUCUCGCAGAAAGCCCGCGUAGAACGCUCAGCAUUAGGUCGGAUGCGUUCAGAAUACGCGUACGACGUUUUCGGCGGCAUAAAAGUCCACAUACAACCUAGCGCGUUCCAAAAACCCGCCAUAACUCAACUCUUGACACUCUGUGGCGCAGUAAUACAAGAUGGCGGUAGUGACGUCACAAUAGGCACGGCGGAGGGCGAAGUCAGCUCGAAAUGGGUUUUUGACAGCGUAGCCGCUGGUAGAAUGAGAACAACUAGACGAUAUGUCAAUAAAAAUAUUCCGACCGAGGUUGUUAAUUUGACUCAAGAUUGUGUUUAAACUUUGACAGUUGUUUUUUGACAUGUGCCUUAUUCGGUAUGGCGGUUGUCAAAAUAUUUCGUAGGCAUGCAGACGCUAACUGUUUUGAUUAUAUGUAGAUUAAAAAAAUAAUUUUAAUUAAUUAUGGAUAGGUACUUGAUCUGACAUCUGUUUUAUAUUGUAUAAUUAUUAUAAACUAGCGGUCCGCCCCGGCUUCGCCCGUGGUACAUAUAUAGCC